AGUGUCGCCUCGUGCCCUAGCGGAAAACAGCAGCAGGCGUUCCGCAUCUCAACCUACUCGCCGCCGCCCGCCGCCCGCCGCCGCUAAUCUCAUCAACGUCCGUUCGUCGGGGGAGGAGGAGAGGAGAAGAGAAGAGAUGAAGCCGGUGGUGGGGAUCGUGGUUUCGAACAAGAUGCAGAAGUCGGUGGUGGUGGCGGUGGACCGCCUCUUCCACAACAAGGUGUACAACCGCUACGUGAAGCGCACCUCCAAGUUCAUGGCGCACGACGAGGCCGAGACCUGCAACAUCGGCGACAGGGUUAGGCUGGAUCCUUCUAGGCCGUUGAGCAAGAACAAGCAUUGGAUUGUUGCUGAGGUUCUUCGCAGAGCUAAGAUGUAUGUUGCGCCGCCACCUGCGCCAAAAGCUUCUGGUGCUACAACUCAACAAACUGGUACCAAGUCAUCUGCCUGAAGAUCCUCAGAGCCCAACACAAAUGCCUGUUCUUUACUGACUGACGGCAUGUCCAGAGAACCAGCUCAUCCCACUGAAUAAGCAAUGAACGGCUGGUACAAAAUGGUGGUUUAUUUGGUGCUGAUCAUGUUCAGCUUGAUAGUUUAUUUGUUUGUGAUCCGAAACUUGGUGAUCGGGAGUUUUAGUUGGACCCUAUACAUUCGAGUUUGCCCCAGUAAAAUUCAUAGGGCAACUUAACCAUUUUCCUCAUAAUAGUCGUUCAUGCCGUGGUGGUGAUCAUGCCGGAGCUGGGGAGAGAGCUGCCGGCCAUUCGAUGUCACUGGUAGUGGUAGCUAGCUAGUGUGCUCAUUGUGGCUGUUGUUGCUGUCCACCGAUGACAUUAAAUUCCUGGCAGCAGAAUUUCAAGCUUGCUCUCUUGUGAAACGUUUGAUGAAUGUACCGCACGAAACCUGUCCACCGAAUAUAUGCUCUUGGUUAGAUCUA